AUGCCAGUCUGUUGUUCAAGCAAAGUCAUCUGCAAAAGUGGAUGUUGUGAUCCAUGCUGUGACCCAUGUUGUGGUCCAUGUUGUGGUUCUGGUUGUGGCUGCGGCUCAUGCUGCAGUUCUGGUUGUGGAUGUGGUUCAUGUUGCGAUUCAUGCUGUGAUCCAUGUUGCGAUCCAUGCUGUGCUCCAUGUUGUUCUUACAUACACUCUCAUCCCACAUCCUCAAGUCUGGCUAAAACAGUUCGAUAUAUUGAUCCGUUAUGGUAUGAUGGACGUGGAGGGGAGGAAGGUAAUGUUUGUGUACGGUCAUGUCGAGUGACUUCAGCUCUAGGUCUCGGUGUUCAUCAUGCUAUUGCUGUUGAUAACAUUGAUGAUAAGUGGCGAGUUUUCGAAUGGGGAACAGGUUCUAACAAACGUUUGAGCAGUUAUGCUACUGAUCGGAUUUGUGGACAAAAUUGUGUUUCGCUCGGAAGACACAAGCUCAGUGAUGUUUAUCGAGCAGUACAACAAGCAAGCACUGGCGAAUACUCCGCCAGCAACAAUUGUAAUAUAUGGACUGAGCGUGUGGCAGCUUUGUUAGGACAUAGAAUUACGGUUCAUUGGAAUUGCAGCUGUGUCUUAUAA